GGCCCAUCUCUCGGACGCCGCACUGACGUCUCUCCCGCCAUGCAGAUCCUCGACCAGCUCGGAGUCUGGCAGAAAGUUGAUGAGGCAUCUGAAGGACUCAAGGUCAUGUACACACGCGACGCCAAGGGCCGCCUCAUCUGCAAACCGGAGCGCAGCCCGCUCCUGUCUUAUGCAAGAUUUGGGUAUUUCGUCGCCUGGGGCGAGCGCCAAAAUCUGCUGCGCAUCUUGUUUGAAAACCUCAGGGAUCCCAGUAAGGUCCUCGUUGCCAAGGACCUCGUCGACAUCCAACACGAUGCCGAGGGCGUCACCGCUGUUUGUGCCGACGGCUCGUCAUUCCGAGGCGAUAUCUUGGUAGGCGCCGACGGCGUGUUCAGCAGAACGCGCAGCAAGAUGUGGGAGAUGGCCGAGCCGGCGAACCCCGACCUAGUCAAAAAAGAGAGAGAUUGCUUAAUUUCAGAGUACAACUGCCUGUUCGGCAUUGCCAAGGGCGUCGCCUGCGAGCAGCUCCAGCCCGGUGAUUUGCAGGGUGGCCAUAAUCCCGGCCGGUGCAUCUUUGUCAUCGGAGCCGAAGGGGGCAAGGUGUAUUGGUUUGCCCAGGAGCGCCUGCCCCAGACAUACCGCUUGGGCAACAUCCCGCGAUACACGGACGAUGACGCGAGGGCCUUCGUUGCCCGCAACGGCGACCUCGUCAUGAUCCCGCGCCCCCACGGGCUCACGCUUGCCGACCUCUGGGAGAAGACUGUGUCUUUCCGCCUGGUCGCCGUCGAGGAGGCCAAGUUCAAGCUCUGGCACUGGGGCCGCAUCGUCUGUGCGGGCGACAGCAUCCAUAAGAGCACCCCCAACCUGGGCGUCGGCGGGAACGCGGCCGUCGAGAGCGCCGCAGCCCUGGCCAACGGGAUCAAGCGCCUCGCCGACACCUGGGCUGCCACCGGUCGGCGGCCCUCGCAGGAGGAAGUCGAGCACAUGCUGGCCGAGUACCAAAAGCAGCGCGAGGUGCGGGCCGCCGCCGGCGUUGAUUCCUCGGGGCUGCUGACCCGGGCCCAAAACUUGCAAGGCUGGACCAGCCGCCUGUUCGUCAAAUUUGCGCUGCCGCAUUUUUCCGAGUUCAUCGCCGACCUGACAGGCGACGCCUUGGUCGGCGCCACCAAGCUCGACUUUCUGCCGCUGCCCAUGGUCUCGCUGACCGGCACCCGGCCCUUCAACCCGACCCAGGGCGAGGGACUCCAGGAGAGCAAGCUCAAGCGCGCGCUUUUCGCGCUGCCCCUGCUUUCGCUCUGCUUCGUCGCCAUGUUCGUCAUGAACGCGACCCCGGCGCUGGACUGGGCAUAUCCUCUCCGCGACAGCGGCAAGUUUGACCUCGGCUCGGGCUCCGUCCCCAUCCUCCGCUCCUUCUACGGCAUCCGCGGCUUCGACGACUUCGUCGCGCUGAUCAACACCUUCUUCUUCCCCGCCGUGUACGGCACGGACCCGGUCUCGCGCCGGCAGGCCAUCUCCUUCCUGGCCGACCUCGCCGUGCUGCUGACCAUCUGGCUCCUCGAAUCCACCCGCCGCGAGAACCUGUUCACCCCCAUGCAGUUGCCCAACCUCUUCGCCCUCCUCGGCCAGGGCCUCGGCAUCGGCGUCGUCGCCCCGGUCUACUGCUUCCUGCACUACGUCCUGACCCCCGUCGAGAAGUUCUCCGCGCUCGACCAGCGCCUGACCAACCUGCGCUGGUCGCGCGCCGUGCUGCCGGCAGUGGCGGCCGCGUUCGCCGCGCCCUUCUGCGCAACCGUCUUCUGGCCGGCGGGCGACCAACCCAUCAGCGGCGGCAGCGGCGGAGGAGGAGGCGGCCUGCUGGCCCGCCAGCGCUGGCUGUUCGUCUGGCAGCUCUACCCGGUGUGGCUGGCGCUCGCGCUGUGGGCCGGCUCCAGGCUCUCCCGGGACACGAUGCGCGACGACAAGGUGUACCGGCCGCUGAGGGAUCUGCCGGUCCUCCGGGCGUCCGUGGGCGCGGCGAGUGUGUGCGCCGCGGGCGUGUGGUGGUGGGUGUGCCUUGGCGGCGGGGAGGCGUACGGGUACGGGGUGCGCAAGGUGUUUGUGCCGGCUGCGGUGCCGCGGCACUUGGGCUCGCUGACGGAGUUCACGCGCGAGUUUCUGAAGUGGGACGAGGUCUUUGGGUUUGGGUCGCACCUGGUGUGGCUGGCGUACCUGUUUGGCGAUCUGGCGGAGGCGGGUAUGUUGCCUGAGGGCUGGCUGACGGCGUUGGGAAUGGGCCUGGUGAGCCUGCUGGCGGUUGGGCCCGGGGCGACGCUGGGGCUGGGCUGGCUGUGGCGCGAACAUAUCCUGGCUACACGGCGGCACAAAGAGGCGCUGACCCCGGAGAGCGUCGUCAGACUGCAUGGAAUUCCACCCGUGGAAACGAGACGCGACAGGGGAGAGGUACGCAGCAGUGGUGACGGACAAGGGGCGCAUCUAGAGUAAAGCAUAGCAACAGCAACAGAACAGCGCGGUGAUUUGGAAGGCUGUAGCCAAGAUUCCUUGGUGCCCACACUCUUGAACACAUGGCCCAGUGUCGAAGGCUUGGUG